AUGGCCAAAGUGGUCGUAAGACGCACACCCAGAAAAAGCGAUACAGCUACUUCGUCAAGUUCAUCUACAACGCCGCAACCGCUGCGCAAGUACCCAUGGGAUUCUCAUCAAGACGACAUAGUAGUGAACAGCGUCGAAACUCCGAACAAGACAGGACAACUCACUGGCGUAGAGCAUUACCUCCAACAGCUAUCUUUGAAGAAAGACUACAAGGACAUUUGCACAGAUUUCGACGAGUACCGCUGCAACGGGCUGAAAGCGACGGAUGCGUGGGACCCUAGUGAUGAGCAGCCAGAAGAAGAGCAAGAGCGAUACGAGCACCUCACUAAACACUCAUCCACAACUAUCCCACGGCCACCGUCAGUGUAUACCGAGUACGAUCACCAAAUCUAUACAUGCACGACGACCAACCCGGCCAUCUGUCUCGCCAUAGCACGCAUCGCCCAGCACAACCUCCCCAACAUAAACUUCCAGUCCGCGAUCAACCACCUGCCCAACGUUCCCCCGGCAGGCCGGCUUCCCAAACUACAACCCGGCGUUUUGGCAGAAGACAUACCCCACGAGCAGGAUACUGAAAAUGACGACGUCAUUACCGUACUCUUCCUACCGCGCUUCUAUCACGACGGCAGGCACGCACUGGGGUAUUACACUGCCGAUCCACCAACAAGCAACUCGGCGCAAGACGCCUGGAGGGCACGCCUGAAAGAUGUACGACAGAUGCUAUUUACGCCGUGUGUAAUUGAGGAUCUGGAGGCGUACGGGAUGAUUAGGUAUGCGGCUGUUUCCAGAGCCCAAGACGAUAUCGAGGCGGGCGAUGCUUCCGUGCAGAGCAUUGGUGCUAGGGGAGGGAGGUGGCUUCAGUUUGAUAGUGUGGAGGAUUGGGAUGAGCGGAGAGUGGCGUUUCAUAUUGUGGAGAUGCUUUGGGAUAAGCGAAUGGGGGUGACAACGGGGUUGGAGGAGUCGUCGUUGCUCUGA